AAACUUACGAUUUUAGUUCACUAAAACGCUUUACGUUUUUACGCUUUUACUUCACUGAAUGGGUCUUCUUUUCAUGGAAUCAAUUAUAUAAAGUAAAUUUUAAAAAUAAAUCACCGCUGAUAUUAAAAGAUACAUACCAGAUACAUGGAUGCAUUAUAAACUUCAAUAAAGUAAUCUAAUUCACUAUCUAGGAUCUUCUCAAAUUCCUUAGCAUGGAGGGGAAGGUGACUUUUUUUUAAGAUUUAUAAUUAUGAACUUAUUAUUAAUUAAGAGGCUAUAAAUUGCUCUACUUUAGACAUGAAUUGCAAGUAUUUAUUAACUUAUCUGAAUUUUGUGCACUCAUAUUUUUCAUAGUAUAUGUCGUACUUAACAUAUUUUUAGUUCUUUUCAGUAUGCGUAAAAAACUUACGUUUUAUGCUUUAUGAUUUUACCCCUUUUCCGCUUCUAGGUAGAAUCGCGCUUUUAACUGUAUUGCUCAAAACUGGAAAACUGCCUGAAAAUGGCUAAGCUAGAAAACUGUUUUGUGAAGCCUACUUUGGAGCUUAAUUCGAGGAGUAUGGAUCUGAUUCAAGUCCAAAGGCUUCCACAACAUGAAACUAGGUAUGUUUUUGAACAAAGGGAAGGAAUUGGAUGAAAGAUUGGAGUUCGGGAAGGCCUUGAACGAAAGGUGUGAAGUUAGUAUGAAAGCUGCCUUUUGGCUGUUUUGCUGGCAGCUUACUUGUGCUUCAAGAAUGGGAGUUUAAACCCGAAUUUUGUGUCCUUUUUAGUGUAGAAUUUUACCUUAAUUGUUUCCUCAUUACAUUAGGUUUGUAUUAGGUUUUCUUGGCUAUAAAUAGCGCGCUAUUUUCGUUGUAAAAACAUAAAAUUUGAGUUGAAUAAAAAUUACUCCAACGUGAGUUUUUUGAGUCUUUGAGUUGUGUCAAGAAUCAAAUCCUCGAGUUAGUUUUGUGAGGACUCCAUUGCUAAUUUGAGAACACUUUUCAAUCUUUUCUGUGAGGAUUCCAGAAUCGGUUUACGAGUUUUCUUAUCAAUCAAGUAAACACCUUGAUUGUGGCGAAAUUCUACCUAUCCGUUUUAUCUUUCGUUGAAGAGUUCCGAGCUGGGUAUUCUGAUAAAAAAAAGCACCCCCUGGUGCUUUAUCAAGUGGUAUCAGAGCCUGGUUCAAAUCAGUGGCGGUUUGUUCUUGACGACUCUGUUUUCUGCGCGUCUAACAUGAUGGAAAUUUCGGCGGAAGAGCUAGCAGAAUCAAUGUUCUUCACGCGUUGUUUAAUCGAUGAGAAAGUGUUUUUAGUUCUCGUGGAUGGAGGCAGGGAGAGGAAUUUGAUUUCCUCUAGAAUCGUGAGCAAGCUAUGGCUGCAAUCACAAUUCCAUCCAGCUCCCUACAGUUUGCGAUUGCCAUACAAGAAAUAUCCAAACAUUGUGAUGUCCCAGGUGGCCGUGGAGAUUACGAUUGGCAAAUACAAAGUUUGGAUAAUGUGUGAUGUGGUGUACGAUCUUCCCAGUGGUAUUAUUUUGGGACAUCCUUGGUUUCAUGAUCGACAAGUUCGACUGGUUAACAGAAGGAGCAACAAAUUCAGCUUGCAGAGUCGGAGCAGAGUAUUUGUAUUAAAACCAUUGUCUCCGGAAGAAGUUAUUGGUGAUUUGAAGGACGGACGAAGAAUCCAGGAGGAGUAUCAGAAGGCCUUGAUAGAGAAACGAUGGUCGUGGAAAGUCGAUCAAGCCAUGGCGCCGAUCAGAGUAGAAGAACUCUAUUCAUCGAAAGCAGAGCAGAGCGGAGAAGAAAGACGCGGGGAAGCAUUGAGUGAACCCAGCUCAUCCAAAACGAUUGUGGACACCCCAGGAGUGGAUUCGCUGGAAGAAAUCGACACAAUUCAGGUCGAGUCGACGAGCUCAAUUCAAACUGGGCGCCCCUGUUUUCCGACGGCGAUACAGGGGAAGAAAGAGAGUGAAACAGUUGGAAGCCUCGGGGCUGCGUCAGAGCAAGCAAGCAACAUCGAAACGUUUGUUGAGACACCAAGAAUGUGUAGCAAUGGCCAAUUGGAGUGAAACCUGUCAAGCCGAAAUCCCCCAAUUCAGAAAUUUCUGACCAAGACGAGUAGAAAAAUGAGGCAGAGAAGGUUGAAUUGGUUGGGGGGACUGGGCGCGAAUCGAUCAAGAAGAAGACCAUGGGCAAGUUUGGUGAGGUCCAAGGAAGCUUUAGGAACCAACUAAUCGACUCAGAGAAGCCGAAAUCAUCAAUGUGUUAAUGGCUAUGCCUUACUUCAUUCGCUCAAAGAGAUGAAUUCAACUAAUUGAUUAUUUCCGAUCACAAAACUAACAAGUAAAUUAAGACUUGAGAUUCAU